AUGUCUGAUUCUGGUUAUGGGCAAUGGAAGAUUGAUGCCACAAAUGGCAACCCUUUAGAUCAAUUAAGUUUAAGGAAGCAAUUUCCAAAUGACUUGCACCCUUCCCAUUCCUCCAUACAAGAUCCAUUGCUAGAGCAGAUCAUCCAAGCAAAUAUAGGACGCCCUGGACAGACUGAUUUUCUUGACCUCGUAUCUCAGGCCAAGCAAGGGAAUAUGCACCCUUCAGAGCUGCAACUUCGUUUUCAGCAGCAAGAGUUGCAGGCACAGCAGUUAUCUGUGGCAUUGAGGGAGCAGCUGCAGAUGGAAGGGGAAAGACGUUUAGGUGGUCCUUGGUUUGCAGAUGAAGCAAGUCAUGUUACCAGGGAUCCUGCUGGCCAUCACCAGGCUCAGAUGGUUGCAUUUAGUUCUUCAGAAAAUUACCAGCAACAGCAGAGGUUUCCCACCCAUGAACAGCAACUAAGCCAUCUCAACUGGAAUCAUGCCUCAAGGGAGCGACAUGGGAUGAACUUUGAUAUUCAGAAUGCAUGUGGUCAGGGUCUAGAUUUGCAGGAUCAGUAUCGGCUUGGUUUGGAACGCUUGCCCUGUGGGAACAGCGGGCAGCUGGAAAAUAGCUGCAUUGAAGCACAUCAACCACAUUUGCAUCUUGAUGCUGAACAAAAACGACGAGAUUCAGAAGCUACCAUGGCUUUUGCUGAGUCAAAUAUGUGGGCUAACGGUGAUACGGAACACUCAAAACAAAUUUUGAUGGACCUUCACCAAAAACUGGGUCAUCAAUCUACAGAGUUGUCAGAAGUUGAUUAUCAGCAUCAGUUAUCAUCUUCCAGAAGUCGGGGAGAGUCUGUACAUCUUCCAUUUAGUCUUCUCCGGGAUCAACCAGUUGGUAUGAACACAGAAGGACCACAGAAUUCCAACUAUAGUGUCUUGUUCCAGGACCAUUUGGGUGGUGUAGGUAUGAAUGAACAGUCAAGCAAUCUGGCAACUAGUGAAAGAGUUCCGUUUAGAUCUAAUUCCAGAGCAUUUAUGGAGGAUCAGCUGUUCUUGUCUGGACCUAGGGAAGUUUCUCAUACUUCUCAUGUGGAUACUAGCUUCAUGUGUAAAUCAUCUGUGAGUGAUGGUGUAUCAGAGUUGGAGGGUAAUAAUUGGAAGAAACAAGGGGUGAAAGGCAUGUUGAACAGGUCAGUUUCAGGGUACGAAGUAAACUUGACAGACCAAGAAGAAACUGCAAUUGAUUGCGGGGAACUUCGUAGUAAUGCCCAUAGCAGGCAUAGCUCACUAAGCAGUGCUGGUGGUGGAUGUGGGAACUUCUACAGCUCAGAGACAGGAUUAGAUAAACAGAUUGGAGAAGAGGUUUCUAAUGGGAGGCUGCCUUCUGCUAUAACCAAAGGGUCUGACAAUGCUUUGCAUAGACGCCGGGUUUUAUCUUCCCAGGAUGUCUUGUCUGAGGCAGCAUUAUCUCUGCCUGUCAAGCAAAGAAAUCCGGCCGCAACGCUUGUCUCUGAUACUCAAACAUCUAGUAAGAAUGAUGCGCAAUUUAGGAGGACUUCAUCUUGCAGUGAUGCUUCUGUGUCCGAGACAUCAUUCAUAGACAUGCUCAAGAAACCAGUCAUUGUAGAGGCUGAUGCAGCCAACAGAGCAGCAUCCGCAUUGGAGUCGUCUGAUGGAGGUAGCCAAGUGGGGCGAAGUGGCAAGAAGAAAGGGAAGAAAGGAAGGCAGAUUGAUCCUGCUCUCCUUGGUUUUAAGGUUUCCAGCAACCGGAUACUGAUGGGCGAGAUCCAUCGACUUGAUGAUUGA